CACCUGCUCGGUCCCAUCCCCCAAUUUCCUCCAAAUCAGUGUGCUUUCAAUUCUCCCUUUUUCUUCCUGAUUUCGUUUCUCAAAUCUGAUUUAUUCCAUCCAUCUAUCAAAUUUCGAUUCUAAUCAACCGUUUCUGCUUCAAAAUCUCUUUCAGUCAUUUCAUCGAACACUGGUGGGUUUCCGAAAUGAAAACCAAAAACGCACAAAAUCAAAACAAAUUCAUCCGAUUCGUUACACUACCCAUCAGAGCUCUAGGGAAAGCCAAGGAUUUCUAUGUAAAAAGCAUCAUGGAUUGUGCUCCCAGAGUCUCUCAUGGUUACCCAUCUGGCCAAUUGCCCAUCUUGCCCAAAAGCUACAGCUCUCGCUCUUGCAGAUCCAAUGAAACCGACGAUUUCAGAGAGCUUGUUAAGGCCGCCUCCGUUAGAAGCUUGGAUAUUAAAGAUAUCGAUGCUGAUAUUCUUUAUCCACAGAGGCAAAGACAAUCCAAAGGAUUGCCUAAAAGUUGCAGUGUUGGAAUGGGUAGGAUUGAUGAGGAUACUGCUUGUGAAUUUGAAGAAGGCGUUGAAGAUAAAGCUCAUUUGGCUUAUCCAAGAAGUAAAAGCUACGCUGUGACUAAUUCAAAUUCUGGGUUUUGAUUCCCACUGUUCUUCAAAAUAUUCCCAAAUAAUUCAAAAUCUAUUUUUGGAUAAAUUGGGAAGCAAAAAGGAGGAAUUUUCUUGGAGACCCUUGAUCAUGCUGUUCUUCUCUGUCCGUGUAAAUAUUACUAUAUCUGUUACCAUUUGCACCCAAGUCAUUUUUGCCUAAGUAGUCAAAAUAUUGAAAAUAAAUUCCUCGAUUCUUGUUGGAACAUUUAUUCUCAACUCAUUUGGUACUUUCCUUUUUCUUUUUAAUAAUUAGUUUUGGUAUUUA